CCCACGCGACGCGCCGUGCCUGACUGGGUAAUUCACUUCCCAGUCUUGCUCAUGCUACACGGCCACACUCUGCUUCACAACACGUCUGUCCUGCUUCAAGGCUGACUAGUCCCCAAUCGAGCGUGCAGCGAACAAUUGCAGCUUAACGAUGAGCAUACGUUGCUGAACAGGCGCCGGCUUCCACACUCGUGUCCGACGCGCUACAAACACGUCCCACCAUGCCUGUACGAAGAGCUGGCCAGCCGUAUAGACGGCUAGGCAAGAAUGGCCAGACAUCCUAUGGCUCCAAAAAGAGCCAGCCAGUCGCGGCAACCUCGCUGCUGGCCACAGAACGCACAUCCUCUUCGGAGAAGUUUGAGUCGAUCCGUCUUGCGAACAGUAUCGACGAGUCCAUGGGCUUCGCGCGGUACGAUUCGGGCCCCAAACGCGCAGGUUGGCUCGUCAACAUGCACUCGACGUCCAUAGAGGAUGAAAAUGUGCCCGGCGGCCGAGCGGGCGUUGAUUUUUACUUCAUCGGUGAGAAGGAGGGCGAGACGUUCAAAGCCACGCUCGAGUACGAGCCGUACUUCCUGAUCGCAGUGAAGCGUGGGAGGGAGGCUGACGUCGAGGAAUGGCUGAAGCGUACGGCAGAGGGCGUAGUGCGCAGAAUCACAAGACUGGAGAAGGAGGAUCUUCAGAUGCCCAAUCACCUUCUGGGAUACAAACGAACGGUGCUCCAGCUAAAUUUCGCGAACGUGGGCGAUCUGCUUGCGGUAAGAAAGAUCAUUCUACCUAUCGCGGAAAAAAAUAAGAAGAAUAUGAAUGCGAUGGAUACGUAUGCUGAGAUGGCGAGUGCAAACGCUGGAUUCGACAUUUUUGACGAGAACAAUGAUUAUGAGAAACGAAAUGGUGGCAUUGCCGACGCGAGUGAUUUCAUUGUCGAUGUGCGAGAGUACGACGUGCCGUAUCACGUUCGUGUAGCAAUUGAUAAAAAUAUACGAAUUGGAAAGUGGUACUAUGUCGAAGCCAAACAUGGCCAUAUAUCAUUAAGCUGCAUCGAGGAACGGCUGACACGUGCCGACCCUGUAGUCAUGGCGUGGGAUAUAGAGACGACGAAGCUACCGCUCAAGUUCCCCGACGCAACCAUUGAUCAGAUCAUGAUGGUAUCAUACAUGAUCGAUGGCCAAGGUUUCCUGAUAACCAAUAGAGAAAUAGUGUCGGAAGAUAUUUCGGACUUUGACUACACGCCUAAGCCCGAAUAUGAGGGUCCAUUCAUGAUAUUCAACGAGCCUGACGAGAGGGCGCUCAUCGAGCGAUUCUUCGAACAUAUCAAAGAAGCCCGACCAACAGUCAUGGUCACGUACAACGGUGACUUUUUCGAUUGGCCCUUCAUGGAGGCUAGGGCGAGUGUUCUUGGGAUCGACAUGUACCGAGAAAUUGGCUUCCGCAAAAACAGCGAGGAUAUAUACCAGUCGGAUUACUGCGCACACAUGGAUGCUUUCGCUUGGGUCAACCGAGACAGUUACUUACCCCAAGGUAGUAGAGGUCUGAAGGCCGUCACGGUCGCGAAGCUCGGUUAUGACCCCGAUGAACUGGAUCCUGAACUCAUGACGCCGUACGCAAGCGAGAGACCCCAAACACUAGCAGAGUACUCUGUUUCCGACGCAGUUGCGACAUAUUACUUGUACAUGAAGUACGUACACCCGUUCAUAUUCUCACUGUGUACUAUAAUUCCUCUCGGUCCCGAUGACGUUUUGCGAAAAGGAACGGGCACAUUGUGUGAAAUGCUUCUCAUGGUGCAGGCUUAUCAGAAGAACAUCCUCCUGCCCAACAAACAUGUUGCUCCAAGGGAAGCAUUCUGGGAUGGCCAUCUUCUCGAGUCUGAAACAUAUGUUGGAGGCCAUGUCGAGAGUAUUGAAGCCGGUGUUUUCCGCAGUGAUAUACCCUGCAACUUUGCAGUCGACACCAAAGCUGUUGAUGAACUGCUUAGAGAUCUGGACGCUGCGCUCAAGUUCUGCAUUGAGGUAGAAGAGAAGAAGUCGCUCGACGAUGUGGAAAACUAUGACGACGUCAAGCGUCAGAUUGAGGAACGGUUGCUCCAGUUGAAAGAGAAGCCAAAUCGGAGCGAAAAUCCGCUCAUUUAUCACUUAGAUGUUGCGUCUAUGUAUCCGAACAUUAUGACGACGAAUCGACUGCAGCCAGAUUCUAUGAAGCAAGAGUCCGACUGUGCAGCAUGUGAUUUCAAUCGGCCAGGAAAGACCUGCGAUCGAAGACUGCCGUGGGCAUGGAGAGGUGAAUUUCUGCCCGCGAAGCGAGACGAAUACAACAUGAUCCGCAAUGCACUGGAGAAUGAGCGCUUUCCUGGACGGGGCCCCAAUGCACCAGCAAGAACGUUCCAGGAGCUGUCUGCAGAUGAGCAGUCGACUUUGGUUAAAAAACGUCUGCAAGAAUACUGCAAGAAGAUCUACCACAAGAUUCACGACGCACGUACGAUUGAACGCGAAUCGAUUAUCUGUCAAAGAGAAAACCCAUUCUACGUUGACACCGUCAAAGAUUUUAGGGAUCGACGCUACGACUUCAAGGGAAAGCAGAAGGUGUGGAAGGGGAAAACGGAUGCGCUCAAAUCUGCUGGCGCGCCGGCUUCUGAGAUAGAGGAGGCGAAGAAGAUGAUCGUGUUGUACGACUCGCUGCAGCUGGCUCACAAGGUCAUCUUGAAUAGUUUCUACGGCUACGUCAUGCGAAAGGGUUCGAGAUGGUAUUCCCUUGAGAUGGCAGGCAUAACGUGUCUGACUGGAGCGCGCAUCAUUCAGAUGGCCAGACAGCUCGUUGAGCGGAUAGGUCGUCCGCUCGAACUUGACACAGACGGUAUUUGGUGCAUCCUCCCCGCCACAUUUCCGGAGAAUUUUGCGUUCAAGCUUAAGAAUGGAAAGAAAAUGGCCAUUUCGUAUCCGUGUGUCAUGUUGAACCAUCUGGUCCACGCGAGGUUCACGAAUCACCAGUAUCAGACACUAGUAGAUCCUGUUACUCUGCGGUAUGAGACUCACAGCGAGAACACGAUCUUUUUUGAGGUGGACGGCCCAUAUAAGGCUAUGAUUCUGCCGACAUCGAAAGAAGAGGACAAGAAUCUGAAGAAACGCUAUGCCGUGUUCAACCAUGACAAUUCGCUUGCCGAAUUGAAAGGGUUCGAGGUCAAGCGCAGAGGCGAGCUUAAGCUCAUCAAAAUCUUCCAGACCCAAAUCUUCAAAUUCUUCCUUGAGGGCACUACACUCGCAGAAACAUAUGGUGCCGUAGCACGGGUGGCAAACAGGUGGCUGGAUGUGCUGCAUCAGCACGGAACAACUCUGGCGGACGAGGAGCUAAUCGACCUAAUUUGUGAGAACAAGAGCAUGACAAAGACUCUAGAAGAAUACGGUGCACAAAAGUCUACAGCUAUCACCACGGCGAAGAGGCUAGCCGAAUUUCUUGGUGAACAGAUGGUGAAGGACAAGGGAUUAAAUUGCAAAUACAUCAUUUCAUCUCGGCCUCGCAAUGCUCCUGUCACCGAGAGAGCUAUCCCGGUCGCGAUUUUCUCGGCCGAUGAGCCUGUGAAGAAGUACUACCUCAGGAAGUGGCUGAAGGAGGACCCAGGAGACAUGGAUCCGCGAACUGUAAUCGACUGGGAUUACUAUCUUGAACGUCUAGGCUCCGUUAUUCAAAAAUUGAUCACAAUUCCGGCGGCGCUGCAAAAAGUCAAGAAUCCGGUGCCCAGAGUUCCUCACCCAGAGUGGCUGGAUCGUCGCAUCAGGAAUAAAGAGGACAAAUUUCAACAGAAGAAGAUGACGGAUAUGUUUGACGCAAGAGAAAAGCCACUUGCCGAAGCAGACAUCAAUACUCUUGCCAACCGUGGGGCCAUGGACCUCGAAGACUUCGGGUCAUCAAAAACACCACAGGCGAGGAAAGCUACCGUAACCAAGAUCGCAUCGAAUAAGAGAAAGGCGCCCGAGCCGGUGGUUACGGUUCAAGCGGACCCAUACGCCGCGCUGCCGGCAAAAAUGCCGAAUAUCAGUGAAGACUACUCUAGCUGGUUGAAAUACCAGAAGCAGAAGUGGAAAAUUCAGAAACAACAGCGCGCGCGUCGACGACAACUUUUCGGCGAGAGGAGGACGGAUGCGGCUGAUGCGAUUGGGAGCUUCUUUCGUAAUCAAGCCGAGAUGGUGUACAUUAGCACUUGGCAGCUGCUACAGCUGCGCGAGACGGAGACACCGGGUGAAGUACGUGCCUUCGUCCUGAUCGACAAGAAGAUCCACAGCAUCAAGGUGAUUGUACCACGAACAGUCUAUCUAAAUUUGAAAAGGGAUGAACUACCCGAUGUCAGUGUCGCGGGAGUUGAGGUCGAGAAGCUCACUAACUACACGCUACCAAAUGGCCAUCCUAGCGUGCAUUUAUUCAAGCUUACGAUGAGUGAGCAGACAUACGUUACCGAGGCGAAGACUCUGAACAUGCUUUUCAACCAUCCAAGUGUUGAAGGUGUGUACGAAAAGCAGGUCCCACUUCAUAUCAGGGGUGUUUUGCAACUCGGCAGCGUGUGCACAUUCGACGAGACACAGAAAGGCGUUCUCGGCAAAGGUCUCGAGCAAGGCUUUGAUUUGGGUGCCCUGAAGAAGGUCAAGAUGGACAAACCGUACCUAGCUGAGGCCCCCCUUAAAUACUUGUUUCUGUAUCACGUCAUUGCCGGAGAGCGCCAAAUCUUUGCUCUUUUUUCAACCUCAUCUGAGCGGCCAAAUGCCCAUGUGGUUGUGUUGAAUCGAUCGAAAGACGUGCAAGGCCUGCCAAACAUGGAUAGGGUCUACCGAGAACUUUUGGCCAAGCGAUACGAAGAAAAUAACGGAGAGCCAUGGCAAACGUGCUUUGAGUAUCCUGAGGAUAUACACUUCAAGACGGUGCAAGUCACCACAAGGCGCAAAGCACAUCUUGAAGUGGGCGACGCGAUCAAGCGUAUGAGAAAUGAGGAGAAGGACAAAGCGCUAGUUCUGGUUGUGCAGUCCCAGGCGACACGCCUGCUUUCCCAUGACAUUCCUGUGAUGAAGGAAUUUCCCAUCAUUCCGCUCAAGAUCGAUGAAACAGACAAGCAACUCCCGCCUCUAGGCUGGCAAAAUUUCAUUGCAAAAAGGAUGGUGAUGCAUUACCUAACUGUCGGACAGUGGGUUGCGCAUCUCAUUGAAUUGUCAAGAUAUGGUGAUAUUCCCCUCUGCAACCUGGAAGGGCACGAUCCACGAUUCUUGAUCGACGUUGCAUAUGCUAGGAGGCUGCAGCAAGAGCGUAUCGUGUUGUGGUGGAGCUCAGGACCGAAGCCCGAUCAUGCAGGCUAUGAAAAGGACGAUGUGCUCAGUGCUUUGGAGAACGUGGAGAUGCCGUCGAUUAAUCAGCCAGGCACAUACUCGACCGUUUGUGUAGAUCUGAACGUCCGGAACCUCGCCAUCAACACUAUUCUCGCAUCUUCACUCAUCAACGAAGCGGAGGGUUCGGAUUCCAUUUCUUUCAACCCAGCAACAAUCUCGACGGACGGGACUUCAGACAGCAACUCCUUAGUCAUACACUCCGAUAAUGCGUUCGCAACGGCAGGUAUUCUUGUUCUUCGCGAACUGGUCAAGGCAUGGUGGGCUGAGGCCUGUGCCGACAAUCAGAUGGCGGACGUCAUGGUUCAGCACUUGGUUAGAUGGGUGGAGAAUCCAGGAUCCUUCCUUUAUGACCGAUCGUUGCACUAUUAUGUUCAAAUGAUGUCUCGCAAGGCCUUGCAACAGUUGAUGACAGACUUCCGGCGAGUAGGAUCAAAUGUAGUCUACGCGUCCGCGCAUCGUCUGCUUCUGCAAACGACUAAGGCAGAAGUUGGCAAUGCAUAUGCCUACAGCCAGUACAUCCUUAAGACCAUCAAGGCGAAGCCGCUUUUCACCUUCUUGGAGCUGGAGAUAAAGGAAUACUGGGAUUACUUGGUGUGGUAUGACGCCUUCAAUUACGGCGGCAAAGGAUGCACUGAGGUCGCGGGAGCUGAUGAGCAGAAACUUGACUGCAUCAUGAAUUGGCAGUUCGCAACAUUUUUACCUCCCAUUUUACAGCCGGUAUUCGAGGAAUGGGUCAUCGCUUUCAUCGAUCUCAUGCACGGACGAAAGAGGCCGCAGAAUACUGCGCCUGACGGAACCGCGGCACCAAGACUGACGCAGAUUGCGUUCAAAAAUCUUACGGAUACCGAAGAGCUCGUCGACCCUGACGACCAAGAGAGAGACUUUCCCAAAUCUUUCACGAAACCGCUCUUGAAGCAGAUCGCAUCCUUGAUUCGCCGCCAACAGUCCGAAGUGCUUCAUGCCGAGCUUGAGGCGGACUGGCAGUUUCCGUCCUUGCCUGGUUCGCAUCUGAGGAACCUCACGAAUCCAGUGCUCCAGCUGGUUAAGAGCAUCACGCAGGUCCUUUCUCUGGACAAGGGACUCAAUCUCCCCGCACGUCAGCUUCGCGCACAACUCCUUAACUUAUUCGAGAUCCGCGAGUUCAGCGCCGCGGCUUCCUUCCAGAACCCGUCCGCAAGCGUAGUCAUCCAUGGCUUGGUCUGCGAAGAGUGUUGCAGUGUCCGUGACUUGGAUCUCUGCCGUGACGCCGACAUCCUGCCUCCAUCGAACGUUGGACUUGACAACCCGGUGGCGGCACAGCAAGUGGCCAGCCAAAUCAAAUGGCGUUGUCUUACCUGCUCAUUCCCAUUUGAUCGUCUUCGCAUCGAAGAAAAGCUCGUCGCGCGAGUUCAGAGCUAUGUCAUGAGCUGGGUCAGUCAAGAUCUCAAGUGCGCCAAGUGUUCGAGGCUACGGGGCAGUAACGAAUUCGCCGAGCACUGUGGGUGCUCUGGGGUUUGGGUGUGCACGGUCGACAAGGAGCAGAUUCUCAGACGGCUACAAGAGCUGGAAAGGGUUGCGGAAUGGUAUGGUUUGGGUAUGCUGGAGAGAUGUGUGAAGGAGUUGGAAGAGAGCAUCUGAUUCUUUACGCAAUAAUGAUCGAGCAUUGGAUGGUGUUUCUGCAUGUACGGGUAUUUGAACGUAGAUAACGUCACAAAAGGGCAUAAUAUGAAGCUUUUAAGAACG